CGCCAAUUCCGCUUUCCUCCUUCGUCAGGUAGGGUUUCGAAAAUUUCGUCUUCCUCCUCCUGCGAUUCAUUCCGAAGCAUCUACUUUGCCGAUUUCAUCUUUCUCCUGCAACUCACUUUGCUGGCUUUUCCAAAGCCGGAAUACAAUUUCUUUCUUAACAAUGCCGCGGCUAGUUAGAUUAAUUCUUCGAUCAAUCUCCUUGUCUCAUGCUCAGACUCGGCAAAACCCUCUCCUCCUUCACCUUAAACCCUCACUUUUCCCCCGUUUUGGCGCCACCAAUUUCACCAGAUUCACCUUGCCAUUCUCCACUCAAUCCGUCACAAGCCCUGAAAUUCAAAGCUUCGCGGCUUCUCUCUCUGAAGAACUACUCAAAAACCCUACUCUAGACCCUCUAUCCAUCUCCCAAAAUCUCCAGCUCGGCUUCUCCCACAUCACUCCAACUUCUACCCUGGUCCAGCACACGCUUAAUCUUGCUCCGGAAGCGGGCCGUUCGGUUUUAGGAUUUAACCAGUGGCUGGUCUCAAAUCCUAGCUUCGCUCACACGGACGAAACAGUGUCCUUUUUCGUCGAUUACUUCGGCCGCCGCAAUGAUUUCAAGGCGAUCCAUGAUCUUUUAGUUGCUAACAAGACUGUUGCGGGCGCUAAGUCCCUACUGUCCGCCAUCGACAGGAUGGUGCGGGCGGGUCGGCCUACACAGGUUGUCGGCUUUUUCGAGAGCAUGGAGAACGAUUAUGGGUUUAAGCGCGAUAGGGAAUCGCUAACGCUGGUCGUGGAGAAGCUUUGCGAGAAUGGAUACGCUAGUUAUGCGGAGAAAAUGGUAAAUAAUUUGGCCAAUGAGAUAUUCCCUGAUGAGAAGAUAUGUGAUUUGCUGAUCAAGGGUUGGUGCGUUGAUGGGAAACUUGAUGAAGCUAAGAGGCUCGCUGGGGAAAUGUACAGAGGAGGAUUCGAGAUUGGAACCAUGGCGUACAACGCCAUCCUUGAUUGUGUCUGUAAGCUUUGCCGGAAAAAGGAUCCAUUUCGCCUUUCCUCAGAGGCUGAUAAGGUGUUGCUUGAUAUGGACUUCUAUGGAGUUCCGAGAAAUGUUGAGACAUUCAAUGUGCUGAUUGCCAACUUGUGUAAGAUCAGGAGGACAGAAGAGGCAAUGAAACUGUUCCACAGAAUGGGAGAAUGGGGUUGUUAUCCUGACGCCACAACGUUUCUCAUUCUAAUCAAGAGCUUGUACCAGGCAGCGAGAGUUGGGGAAGGAGAUGAAAUGAUUGAUAGAAUGAAGUCAGCUGGGUUCGGAGAUGCGCUUGAUAAGAAAGCUUAUUAUGGGUUUCUGAAGAUAUUGUGUGGAAUUGAGAGGCUUGAUCAUGCUAUGACUGUUUUCAAGAAGAUGAAGCAGGACGGGUGCAAGCCAGGGAUCAAGACUUAUGAUCUGUUGAUGGAGAAGUGGUGUGCUCAUAAUCGACUUGAUAGAGCCAAUGCCCUUUAUAAUGAAGCCUCAAAAAAUGGCUUGCCAGUGUCGCCUAAAGAGUAUGGGGUUGACUCAAGAUUCAUGAAGAAGAAGGUGAAAGCUGUGAAGAAGGAGAGGAAGAGGGAGACUUUGCCCGAGAAAAUGGCAAGGAAGAGGAGACGGCUUAAGCAAAUUCGAUUAAGUUUUGUAAAGAAGCCAUUGAGGAGGCAAGCUGCUUGAUUGUACUCAACAAGGGCUAGUGGGUGUUUUUGGAUUAGUCUUCCCCAUCAAGCUUCGGUUGAUAUCUGAAAAGCUCCUGCAUUAGGCUCCAGGUCUGGAAGCUGUUAGGUAACUGCAACAAGUUCUCUACUUUUAUAUGUCAAGUUCGGCAGAUUGGAUAUGUGGAUCAAGCACAAACUCUAUUUACCUUAUUUUGAAGCAAGAGCCAGCAUUUGAAUGAGAGAACACAAUAAAUACACUCUUACUAAAUUAAGAGUCAUAUAUCUAAUUAAUAAAUGAAACUUGUUCUGUAUUUAAGUGCCUCUGAAGUAAGUUGCAUAUCAGGAAAUGGGCUUGCAUGUCAAAAUUGUCCUUGCUCUAGGAGCGAGAGGAGCAAUUUGGACAAGAAGUGAUUAUAGGAUUUAGAAAAAUGAGGUGGAGAUGUAACAGCUUCAGGUCUGAGAAACUGGAAUCUGUGGGUAAGUGCAUGUUACAUUACAUGUCACUGCAAACAAAAUCAUGAAAGCAUUAAUAAUGAUACAGAGAUACGUCUCUAAUUGGUAAAAUUGAUAUUGACUCAGAAUUAAGCAAUCAACCAGAAGAGAGGACAGGAAUGAAGCAAAAGAAGAGACAGGAGAAUGCCUCCGAAGAUAAUGAUAUGAGUUGCAGUGAUGAAGAUCCUUCUUCAGUUAAGAUUACUCCCCUUGUAAUGGAGGAUUUGAUUGAUAUUGGCCUGCAGAUUGAUUCAGAAAUGGGCUACCCAGAAUUAAGGCAUCCACCAGAAGAGAGAAAAAGAAAGAAACUGAAGGAAAACAAUUAUAGUGCCCUUGAAAAUGAUGAUAAAAAAAAUGUUAGAGGAAGAAAAUUCUGUAAGGAAGGAUGCUUUGCCAGUACAUUUAUGCAAACGAACCAAUCUUGGAAUAUUCUGAGCCUCAAAUAUCAGAGCUCAACACAAGUUUAGUUUGUGCAAGGAAAAGAAUGAAGGCUCGCGCAUUGGGGUAACCAUUAUGAUCCUAAGAGAAUAAUGAAGCAAACUAUGAUAGCAA